GUGGAAUUAAUUAAAUUACUCCUAGUAUAUAUAUGAAUAGACCACCGUAUGGUUUGGUUUGCAGAGAAAGACAGAUCCAUCUAGCUAGCAGCUAGCUAGCUAUAUACAUACAUAUAUUCAAUAUUAAUAACUCUGUCUUAUCUGCAUGCAGGGGAUCGAUCGAUAUAUCUUGAAUUUGUAGAUCUGAUCUGCUAAUUAGUUCGAAGCACAAUAAUGCCGACUGGAUCUCAUGAGGAUCUGCAGAUUAAGCAAGAUGACAAGUUCUUCUCCAGGCUUAUGUCUAAGGAAGCUUCUACCGCCAACUCUUCUGCCAGGGUUUACUACGGUGGAGCCUCUGGUGCUGUUCCAUUCCUGUGGGAGUUGCAGCCUGGCACUCCCAAACAUCCUUCUGCCCACACCACUCUGCCUCCUCUCACUCCGCCUCCCUCCUAUUACUGCAACCCUAAAUCAAAAUCAAUUCAAAACAACAAGAACAGGAAGACCAAUCUCAUGGGCUACAUCCUCCGGUUCCCCUGCAGGUGGAAGAACCACAUGGAGACAUCAUCCUCAUCCUCAUUCUCGUCAUCCUCCCCCAGCUCAUCGGUGACUUCUUACGGCAGCUCACCGUUACCAUCCAUGACCAAUAUGAACAGAAAGCUCCACAAACGUGACUCUUUUCCAGUUUGUACAAGAUCCGUCGACGUCGUUUGUGGAGUAGUGCAGGAUGAUGAGGAGGAAGGAUGCGGAUUAUCACCUACUUCAACGCUGUGCUUUGGGGUAAAAGUAAGACGUGGGAGUCUGAAAUUGGGGUUCCAAGGUUGCUACUCCAAGUCCAAGAACACACUGAUGUCCAUUGUCAGCCCAAGCCACAGCCUAAACAAUUAAAUUGCUUCUACCUCUACCAUUACUUUCGGCAUCAAAUCAGGUUAUAUUUUUGUUGUUUUGCUUUAUUUUACCGGUUUAUCACCAUCAUAAUUAUUAAGUACUACAUUUGUUCUGUAUUUUAGUUUGGGUUUGCAUGCAUCUGCCAUUCUGUCUUGUAGUUGUAAACAACUUCCAGACUAGUUGACAAGUUAAAAGUACUGUUUAACGUUCCCUUUGUCUGGGCUGCGAAAUUUCUCCAUCAAUGAAUAACUUUUUCAGCU